GAGAAGGCCACGACGUUGAGCGCCACGGCCACGAAUAGCACGAUGAGAGACACGAGGCCUGCACACGAACAGGCCAUUGUUGUUCAGGAGCUUCUUCUUGUUGAGAGCUGGGCGGUCGAUCUUGGAAUGACAUGCCACUUCGAAGCGUCGGAACAAUGUAGCCAUGUAGUGGAUAUUGCAUCUGAUUCGCACCCAUACAUUCAACAAGUGGAAGAGAAGUCUUCACGAAGAGAUCAUCUUGACCCCCUGCCAGUCUUCAUCUACGCAGCUCUGGCUCAAGUGUGUCAAAGUUAACACUGUCAAGAGUGAACUGCUGCCUUUGCCAAGUGAAAGUUGCCAACGGACUGAGAAUCCGCUGCUGUCGGUUGUUGAAUCUAAAUAUUUCGAGUUGAGCUUAUGCGGCAACGUCGAUUUUACCAGCGUGUACGGAUGCUAAAUUGGUCCUUUUGCAAUUGAUAACCAUUCGCAUUUGCUUCAAAACUAGCCACUGGACUUUCUCGAAGCCUCGCACUUCUCUUUUUUUUUUUUUCAUUUCUUCUCAACGCCAGGCGGGCGGUUGGUGGCUCGGGCCAUGCUGUCCUUGUCCUGUGGUGUCGGUGCGGCACCAUCGACGCCAACUGCCUUCAAGCCGACGCCUCUGCCGCCUGGUAGCAAGCGCCUUGCCUACGAGACGUUCCUGGAGAAGCGAGCGUUGGCGGUGACGGAGCUCCAACCGCCUCCAAUGCCUCAUGCAGCUCAUGGAUCCCAACUAGAGCGAGCGAUCCGCAGCUACGACAGCCUCGUGGCCCAAGUGCGACCGCUGGACCAGGCAGAGAGCAGUACGCCAUCGACUUUGAUGGAUAUCGUUCGCACACCUGAUCCAAAGUCACUGAAAGUCCGCAAGACGAGAAGUAUGGCGCUACCCAAAGUGGAUCUGGAUGAGAUUGAGCUCCCAGAAAUGCACGAAGCUCUGUGUCGUGUCUUCUGUCAGCCUAGCUCGUGGUCGCCUGCGUUUGCAUCACCCGGAGACUAUACGAUCAAGAUGUCGUCGGUCUUUCUGGAUCACGGAGAAAUCUGCUUUCGAAUCGCUGUCAUGUGUUGCUGUGCCAGGUCCAUUUGCGAUGGCUCACGCGUCAAGCCGGCUUCAAAGCGACAGUACUACGUCUCGUACGUCGAGCGCACGCAGCAGGAGAUCGUACAGCUAACAGAGGCGCUGUCACUGCAGUAUCUUGGCCAUCGCUUGGCUAACAAGAUGCCUACACAUGGAACUCGCCUCAUCACGACGCCGAAGCAACGGGCUUUGAACGAAUACGGCGACGAAGUGAUUCAGUUCUUGAGCUUCGUGAUGCAGAUCACCGAGAUCGGCUUCAACUGGCUGGUCAAGUUGAAAGAGCCUGUAUCAAACAACGUACGAGUACGCGAUUUUCUUGGUCUCGCGCUGAGCUUUGGCGAGCAGACAAUUGUAGCUACAAGUUCAUGUGAUGCUCGAAUUGAAGGCCAAGAUGGCGGCAAUCGGCCGGUACUGCCAAGUGCUUGGCUGGACAUCGACGUGAACAUGUCUACAGAUGCGAGUUUCUAUGGAAAAUGGUAUGCCACGAGACGAUCUCCGCGUGGUGAAGCCUUUUCUCGUGUGCUCGGACGUACAUUUGACAAUGGUAGCGACUUCGGGCUGUUGGUGCGAUCGAACAGCUGCCUGAAUCGGUCUGGAGCUGGCAAAUGUGUCCGCUUCAUUGACCCCAGCUACUGGUUGGACGAGACUCCAAACGAUGGCUCGUUUACUGUGGAGAUUUCGAGUGUGUCGAUCAUGGAUGGCGUCGCUAUGUUUGCGAUCAGUGUACUCUUCUACUCGAACGGAGAGCUGGAAGUGACAACGGUUGAUCGUCGUUACUCCGAGUUCGACGAGUUAGCCACGACACUGGAGGAGAAAGUGCCUUCGCUGCAAAUUCGCAAGCUUCUUCCACCGAAAACUUUCUUUCGGUACCUAUCGGCGAGCUUCUUAGAGCGCCGAGCCGCGUACUUGCAGCAGUUUCUUGCGCGUUUGCUGCGUCUCACCUUUCAAGGUGUGCUAGAACAGGAGAUUCCUCUUACGGCUGAGCCUCGUGUUCGCGAAUUCCUCAAACUACCUGCUGUUGAGUGGAUCGUGGUCCCAUGGAGCAAGCAGUCACCGACCCCCAGAGCGGCUCGAGAUGGCUUCCGCUCCAACUUUUCACUGUCGCCUACUGCAGCAUCCGAGUUUUCGCCCAGGUACACUUUAUCUCCUCGCCGCAAUCCACGCUGCACUCCCACUGACUCGACGCCACAUCGCUACGAGAGUCUGAUGCUCAAGCGCAGCGACUCCAUGUAGAAGCAGCACUAAGAGAGCAUCAAGCGCUCAAGAGAAGUAAAUUAUCUUUUCAUUUAUUCACUACAACUUGC